GUGUUGUCUGAUACCGGAGUUGUGUGUAUAACCAGGUUUAUUAAACUGCCGGUUUCUGGCAGCGAAAUGGAAAUCUUAAUACAGAUUUUCCUUUUCGCUAAAGCGGUCCGUUCUAGUUCUUCCAGUAGCGUUGCCUCUGAACAACGCGAGGGCCGACGGGUUUCGUUAUGGUAGCCAACAGUAGUUUUGUUUCAAAGUUGUAAAUCCUGAAGCUGUUUUCUUUCAUCGUGACGUCGGUUGCCAGUCUGUUGGUUAUGUGAGUGAGGUUAAGAGGUGGCUGGGCAGGCCCUGAGACCUAAUAUCGUUGCAGAAAAAAAUAUCUUGUAUAUCUCACCUGUUUUCUAAUCAAUAUCUGUACCACAACGACCAUUUCUCGAUACCAGGUUAUCUCAAUAGUUCACUUUAUGAUGUUGACGAAUAGCUUACUUCCUUUGAAGGUCAAGAGUGGAAAUUCGAGAUUGAGAUUCACAUGGCGGUGAAGAUGUCGAUCUUGGUCAUCUUGGUUGUAACGUUGUGUGGCCUUGAGUUAGCUAACCUAUGUUUUGGUGGAACAUACUGCUACCAUCUUCAGGAUUGGAGAUGGAAGCUGUACAGUCUUCUGAAACGUUAGUUUCUACCAACUAGGCAACAGAGUGCUACAACUCAAGAAAAGUGUAAAUUAACAUAAAAAAGAGAAAUUUAACAGAACAAACAUAAAACCUGUUGUUGAGACUGUAAUCCUUUGUGGUUGUCAUUAAAAGAGGUCACAGAAAUAGUGGAUGUGUUUAUGUUAUGAAAGCAUCUUGAGAUGAUGACUAAUUUUCUUUCGUUACUGCAUUAUUAAAGUAGAGGUUUAAAUGGGCCACUUACAGAAUGGGCCUGGAAACUCCCUCUAUUUGUUACCAAAUGAAAUGAAAAUAUAUCAGUGGAUGUAUUUUAAAUAAACUUGCAGUCAUGAUGAAAUUUUCUGCCAGUUUGUUAAUAGACCUAUUAGCUGAUGAAACAGCAGAUACAGUUACAGUGGAACAUUUUGUUAUUGGUGUUAGGAAUACUUGUGAAUGGAGGACGUCCUAAAAUUGGAGCUAUUAAAGAAUGUUAUGGGUUAUGAUUUAGUGGAGACUUUAUUAGAAUGCUUUCAGAAGUACAUCUUCAAAAUUGAAAUCCUAUGAAGACUUGGAUAUAAUGGUAUAAUGAAAGUAAAUCCAUGGCAAUAUUUUGGAGCUCCUUAUUACACAUUCAUGGCAAUAUUGUUACUGAAAUGAUGUAGUGUGGGCCAAAUGGUUUUGGCUGAACAUGUAGCACUCUGAGCAGAAAUGAAAAGUCUUUACAGAUUGUUGGUUUGAAAUGAGAAGACUUCUUGGGAGACCUGGGUAUAGAAGGGAGGAAGGAUACUAUUAAAAUGGAUCUUAGAAAAUUAUGGUGUUAACUAAAUUCAUCUAGCUCAGUAUAACAUCAAGUGGCAGGCCUUUCUGAAUACAGUGCCAAACCUUUAGAUAUGAGUACUACAAAGUACCUUUUCAGGGAAGAUUCUGUACCUUUGAGUUACCUUAGUUAAUUAAAAAUAUUUUAUGUAAGUCAGAUUUUGCUGAAUAAAUGUGAGAAAUAACUGUGUAAAUUAAUUACUUGUGAUAACCCUAGUCGUAUUAUAUAUAAUAGUAUGUUCAUAAAAAUGACUUGACUUUUAGAUGAACUUAUCUGCUUUUGAUUGAAGACUCUCUAGGUCAGUCUGUGUUUACUCCGUCUUCUCCAGUACAAAUUAUGGUGCCUGCUGGGACUGAAGUACGUCUUCAGUGCUGCAACAAGGGCAGGCAAGGCUUUUCAUAUCAAGAACACUGCAAAUCACAUGAUGUCAUGUGGCACUAUAAGUGGUGAUCCAUGUGUAGUGAAGAGUUUUCUAGAUUGUAACACUGUUGUAUCAGACAAAACUUCUGCCAUCUUUAUGGAACCUACCAUCUCAGCUUCACUUCUGCCAUGAAGAUGGAAGCAGUGUGUUUCUUCCAAUACAGAACAAGGUGUGGGUUUGGACACAACUUCACCCCAUGUCAGUCCAUAUCAAGUAAUGAAACAUGGACAGCCAUAUGUGGGUACAACCUCAACCCAUGCCGAGCUACCCUGGUUCUAAACAUAACCACAGAAGGAGAUACUGGACUAUACCGCUGUUUGAUGUCACACCGAAAUAAGACGUCAAAAAAUUUCAAAGUCACUCAGACUUACGAGUUGGAAGUUGUUGAAAUAUUUGGUUCACCAGAAAUUCUACAAGGACAGCCAAGCAAUGUGACUGUUCAGAAAGGAAAACCUGCUGUUUUCCAGUGUCGUGUCCACAGUAAAGUUCGCCCCGUUUUCUAUUGGCUGCGACGCACAGAUGGCAGAACUUCAAAUGAUGGUCUAAUACCUUUUCUAAAUGAUACAUAUGAGCGGAUGAAUUCAAGUGGAGAGCGGGAAUUGGCAGGUGAAGUGUACAUCAGUAAGUUGAUUCUUCCUCGGAGCUCUGCACUGGACAACGGCUACUACACAUGUCUAGCAGUGAAUCUAAAGGGAUUCCAAUAUAGAGGUGCAUACUUAACAGUCCUGACACAUACUCUAGAAGAACGCACUUCCUCAGACAGCACACCAUCAUCUUCACUUCCACUGCUGUUCCUCAUCCCUGCUGCACUAGUUUUAAUACCAAUAAUGGUCUGGAUGUGCUGUCACUGGAAACAACGCCGUCGGAGAAAUAACUCCCCAAAACAUUCCCAACAUGAUUCUAUAAUUAUAAAUGAAACGAGACAUCAUAAUAAUAUUCCUCUCCAUAAAGAUCAGGGUAAUGGGAGUGGUUACAAAUAUACGCCAGUAAGCACCACAGGACCCAGUGUUUCAAAUGACUGCCAAAGGAACCGUAGCCACACACAGUAUGUAUAAUGUAAUGUGUUCUGUUUGUGUUUCAAUUUGUAACCCAUUCACUGCCAAUCUCAAAGUACCUUUUGCUCUUAUACUUGGUUUUAUCUUAUUCAUUUACUCCUAGCGUACUGAAGUUGCUCUUGUUUUAUGUCAGUCUUUGGCUUCCCAAUCUCUGCCAUGUGUUGUCUCACAUUUGUGUUACUGUGUGUGUCCCUUUGUCUACAGACAACACCGGGCAUAAUUCGCCAAUGACAAUUUAUGAAUAUGUUAAGUUAUGUAUCGUGAACACUUUAAUUUUAUCACCACGUUUAAAGAACAAAUUUAAAAUGUAACCUACUUUGUCAUACUAAAAUUGAGAUAAUCUAUUAAAUGUCAUAUAAUACCUGAAGGGGAGAAAAAGAACAUAACCAGAGGAUGGUGCUUGCAAAAUAUGGCAAUGAAAGGGUUAUAAGUAUUAUGUUUUUUAAUUUUACGUGACUCAUGUUACUACAGUUGUAUAGUAGAAAGACAAUAUACUUGCUUUACUGAGAACUUUUCAGGCUGUAAGUCAUGUCAUCGUUGGAUAAAAACCCCAACAUUUUGGAAGCUGCUUCCGGUUAUGAGGAGCUUUAGUUACUUAUUCAUUCUUAGUUUAUUUAGCGACAAUGUUCCAACUACAUCAGUUGUGAUGUGAAUGUAAUCAUGAUUAUCAAUUAUGUAAGAAUUUGGAAGGCAAUGGUCAUGGCCAUUUUGAAGGUACUAUUCUGACAUUGGCAUAGAUUGAGGGAAAACAUGCAACAUUAUGAUUCAAACUGGAUACUCCGCAGUACAAGACGGACAUCUGUUCCGUGAGAAUUUGGUAAGUAGGUAGAGGACAGUGAUCUAUGGCCAUAUCAGUAGCACCAAGAACAAACAGGUCAAGGCACGAUGCUUGUCUGUGUCAGAGGUGAGGGGUGGAUAAAGCAUGAAGAUUGUAACCCUCCAAUGCAGAGCCACAAAUUAUGCUUCAUCAAACUUUAGAGUAAGGGGAAGAUAAAUAAAGAUGUCACAUCAAUACUGAUGAUGGGAAAAGGAGCUAAUAAUUGUCAGGAGGUUUAUUCAACAAUGACAGUUUUCAUCCCAUGAUGACUUCAGUGAUUUAUGUUGCCAUAAAAGUUUUUCAUAACAUGUAUGCUUGUACAGCACAUGAUUUGCAGGUGCAGAUAGAAAGGAGUGCAGAGUGAAUGUAUUUAAGGAAUCUGUAUAUAUGUAUGAAUGAUUUAGCAUCAAAAUGUGGCAGAUGGGAAUGUUGUUAUGUUCUUCCAUGAUCUCAGAAAUAGUGGUUUUAUGGACUGACAUAACAGUCCAAUGUAGUGUGAUAUAUGCUUUAACUUUCUCGUGGUAAAGCACAGAAAAUUAAAUAUUUUCUUGACACUACACAGUAUGUCUGAAGAUCAGAAUAUUUAACUAAAAACUCAAUUUUUUUUUUAAAAUUAUCUUAUAAAACAUAGGUAUCUAUUUCACAGUAAAAACAAAUGUUUACAUUAACUUUUUAAGGUUGGUGUAUUAUGACAAUGCCUCUAAACUGCUGGACUCAUUAAAACUUCGGAAUUCAUUCUUGGUUUACUGCCUUUAGGAAAUGUGAUUCACUUGGUUAUAAAAUUCCCUGCUUUUAUGAAACCAAAAAUUCAUUAUUAUAAUCAUUAAAAUUUGCACCUGCACUCUUCAUUCUGAGCCAGUUCAUUGUAACUUAUAUCUCCAUAACCUGUAAGAAAUGUGUCUUCUUUUUGAGUCCAUAAGUCUUGGAAAUGUUGCAACCAGGAUUCCUUUGUUAUUGGAUUGAUUUUCACUGGUUCUUUUGUAUCAUUUUUCAACAUUCUAAUGAUUUUGUAUGUUUUGGUCAUGGUUUUGAUUCAUUGUUUUCUGAACUUGAUAUAAAAGUAUUCCACAUAUCUCUUUUCUGUUGCACUUCUCUUUUUGCUACAGCCCUAUAUCUUUUGUAUUCAAUUUCAUCUUCUAUAAAUCUCAUUGAUAAACUUUCCUUAUAUGCUUCUCUUUUAUCUUUGGCGAGGUGUUCAUCCCAUUUCCCUAAUUUUUUUCUUUGACACCAUUUCCUUUCCAUUCCAAUGCUUUCUUUUCCUACUUACUUGAGUAUUUUCUUUAGGUUUUCCCAUUCUUUUUCUGUAUCGUGGCUCUGUUCUAUUUCUUGUGUUAGGAUACUGACUCUUCUCUCAAACAACCAUGUUAUGCUUGAAUCUUGUAACAGAUCUACUUUAAAACUAAUUUAUAUUGUUCUUUUAGUUUGGCAUUUGAGGAUCCAUCUUGGAGGUAUUGAAAUAGGUGAUGACAAGAUAACGAUCAAAUUCAAUUUCAGGCCCAUGAUAUACUCUUGUAUCAAGUACCAUAUCUGAUAAUUUUACAUUACAAACAAUAUAAUCAAUUAUAUGGAUGUUUGUCCUCUAGCUGGCCAGGUGGAUAUUUUUCUGUUGGAAGAAAGUGUUCAUAAUUUCCAUGUUGUUAAAUACAACGAAAUCUAUCAAUUUUUUUCCAUUUCUGUUGUAUGUGUUUUUGCCAUGAUGGCCAAUAUUGCUGUGAAUUUUGCUAUUACCAACUACAGAAUUAAAAUCCCCCAUUAUAGUUACCAUAUUUGAUUUGUCUUGUUCAAAAUUUGUUGUAGUGUGUUGUAAAAGGUUUCAUUUUCUUCUUCUUUCCCUUCAGUUAGUGUACCAUCAGAUAUCCACAUGAUAGGUUUAGUCUUACUUGUGUAUCUAUCAGGUUCUGUUUGUUUUUUUGCCUAGAAAGUGAUAUAUGCCCCUUUGAUUGGUUGCUAGCCAAAAGAAGGCGAGUCCAGUGGUAGGGCUGCUACCUUUCUAGCAUCUGGACCUGCUAUUACAUACAGCAUUUCCUCUGUACUUGAUGCAACAGUUAUACUGCUGUGACUCGGUCCCCAGAGGAUUUUAGUAGGAAAAGGCUGCACCAUGAGAAUUGGCAAUUGGAUAGGAGAGGCUAUAAGAGGUGCAUCACUAUGCCUUGCAACCCCACUACUUUAGUAUGUUUUUGAAAUUGAUCAAUAACUAAUAAACAUACCUCAUGUGUGAUUUACCACAAACCUGCAUGGCACUCAUUUUCAGCAUAGAUAAUAUUCAAUCAAAUAACCCACCCAUAGAGAAUUUGGAGUAUACUGUCACCAUCCAUUAAUGUUUUCAUCAGGAUGAGCCACCUUACGACAAAGCCUCCUCCAGCAUUCUCCAGUGUCCUUAAUUUGAUGAAAUUUUUGAUGCGUCUCUACUUGCAAAUCUUGCCUAUGUCCUGGACCCAGAUUUUAUCCCUUCUUGUCUGACCUCUUAUACUCUAUGGAAACUUUAUCUCUGCUGCUAAUGGUCUGCUUGCUGUAUCUUAAUCCAUUUCCAAGUUUUCUCCAUAUGUCAAAAUAAUAAGUAAUACAUUUUAUGUAACAUAAGUUUCACCUUUUCUGAAAUAUUCCAGUUCCAAAUUAUAUUUUUAACAGUGUGCUAAAAUUUUAGAAGCUGUGUGGACUGUCUUUAUUACCGUAUUAGUUUUAAUAUCCAUGACAGAGAAUUUAUAUUGUAUACACAGAUAUGUUAAUUGCAGGGUAUUUAUUUUUGCUUUGUUACAUGUGUUUCAGUAUUAGCAAAGAACAGCUACAGGAUUACUUGUAGGGCUUUAUUGCACUGAUGUUUGUUUACACAGACCUAUAUGAUGUAAUAGGUUUUCAGCAACUGAACUUUCCAUCUAAGUCAUAAAUUUGUUACCAGCUCUUCUUUUCAUUGUAAAAAUAUUAUUAUUGAAUGCAGAGCACACAAAACUUACUGACCUUUCAUCUCCUCACAUUGUAUAUGUAUGACUUUCGGACUGUUUUUGGGUCUGUAUUUCCUCACUGGUAAAUGACUGUUCCCAGCACAGUUCUUGAUAAGAGAGCACCUCAGCCAUUGAUUCACUUGAAAAGAAC